AUGCAGGCUACUUUUAGCAUCAAACGUCACUCGAAAUCCGUCUCUUCUAAAAAAUCUAAAUCACGAACUCAAAAAAAUCUUAUCUUAUUUCGUACCACAUUUUAUCAAGUAUUAUGCAAUCAUAAUCCAAAUAUUAUUGCUUCGGAUAAUGACUCUAUAGAAUAUCUAGCCGAGCAAGUUUGGGAUUUAGAUAUUAUAUCACUAAUUCUUGUAGAUACCACUAAAUCUAGCAAUUCAGUUAAAUCUAUAUCAGAACAGGAGAUUGUUGAAAAAAUUUGUGAUGUUGUAAAUGAUGAUUUUUUAACAUUUGAAGUUUGUCAAAAUAGACAAGAGCAUAUGCCACUUACUUUUCAUCAUUUAAUUCCUCGUGCAAUGCAUAAAAGAGUAUUUAAGAAAGGCUUAUUCACUAAAGAAGAAUGUUUGACAAAAGGUACAAAUAUUUGUAGACCCUGUCACAGUGCUUGUCAUAAAAUGAUUUCUCACGAACAAAUGGCCUAUGAAUAUAAUACGGUGGAUAAAUUAUUGGAUCACGAAGGCGUGAUAAAAUUUGUUACAUGGGCAUCGAAACAAAAAGAAUAUUCAAAAGACCACGUAAUUAGAAAGUUACGAUAUUCGAAAUAA